CUUCAGUUUUUUGGUUUGUUUUGAAUUUGUGAUUUUGUUGCAGGUGAUUAUAAACUAUUAAUGGUACCUACAUAUGUUCAUAAAUUAAAAACUUUAAACAUUACUUAAUUUGAAAAAAGAACCUAAAUCAUCCGAAAUUCGAGAUAAUGGAUAAGGUUAAGGUGUUGCGUUCCAUUAAUAAUUGUCGCAUCCAAAAUUUUAAAAAUUAUGGAAUGAAUUUUACAAAAGAAAAAAAGAUAACAAUUUUAGGUAUAGAAACAUCAUGUGAUGAUACUGGAGUAGCGAUUGUUGACUCGUCUAGGAAAAUUAUCUCUGAAAGCUUAUAUUCUCAACAAAAUCUUCAUUUGAAAUAUGGAGGAAUUAUUCCUCCCAGAGCUCAAGAUCUUCAUAGAGAAAAUAUUGAAAAAGCUGUAAGAGAUUGUCUUGCGAUAGACGUUUCAAUAGAAGAUUUAGAUGCAAUAGCAGUUACCAAUUGUCCUGGCUUACCACUUAGUUUGAUAGUUGGACUUAGAUAUGCUAAGUACUUAUGUAGGUUACACAACAAACCUUUGAUCCCGAUACACCACAUGGAAGCGCAUGCGUUAUGUGCAAGAAUUCACAAUCCUGAUAUCCAGUUUCCGUUUUUAUGUCUUUUGAUAAGUGGUGGACACUGCCAAUUGGUUGUCGUAAAAGACGCCUUUGACUUUUUAUUUUUAGGAGAAACAUUAGAUGAUGCACCCGGUGAAGCUUUUGAUAAAAUUGCGAGAAGAUUAAGACUAAGAAAUUUGCCAAAAUACGAAUGGAUGAAUGGAGGCGCCGCUAUUGAAUUAGCAGCAAAGGAAGCUACAAAUUCUGAUCGUUUCAAAUUUCCUUUGCCUUUAGCCAGAAAAAAGGAUUGCAAUUUCAGUUUUGCUGGUUUAAAGAACACUGCAGUCAGGAUAAUUAAACAAAUCGAGCAGGAAUAUGAAGUAAAACCAGACGAAGUUAUACCAUACUAUAGAGAUUUUUGUGCAGCAUUCUUAAAAGCUUGCACAAGACACUUGUCAUAUAGAACACAAAGAGCAAUUGAAUUUUGUGAGAAAAGGAACAUAUUUCCCAAUUCUAAAUACUUAGUAAUAUCUGGUGGUGUAGCUUGUAAUGAUUUUAUAUUUGACAGCAUAUCAAAAAUGGCUUUAAGUUACAAGUUUAAAACUGUUCGCCCCACAAAAGCAUUGUGUAGGGAUAAUGGUGCCAUGAUAGCUUGGUGUGGUAUAGAGAAAAUUCUAGAGAAUCCCGAUCUUUUAAAAUCCUUAAAUUUAGACGAAGUGGAUAUUAUUGGUAAAUGUAAAUUAGGCAAAGAUAUAUCAGAAGACCUAGAAAAUGAACAAAUAUCAUGUAAAUGGGUAAAGGUUGCAAGAUAACAUUUGUAAUUGAGAUUUUUUAAGUAAGGACGUUAUUGAAAUAAAGUUUCUAAUUUAUUUAUAUUAUAAAAAAGUGAGUUACUUUAUUUUUAGUCUU